CAUGACUGUUCUCAAUUGCUGGUUGGUUCCGUUGAUGUUAUGAAAGUGGUAGGAUAGCUACCACGUUUUGGUGUUUGUGCUAUAUUUUUACAUUGCAUAUUGCUGUCAAGAAAUAACUUUGGAACGUCUGUGUUUGGUGAAACAGUGGAUGACCGUUCACUCAGCAAUUCUCCAAUAUUCCCCGGAAAUAUCUCAAAUGAUACAGUCCUCGAACUGGUAAGUGUUUAGCAGACAGAACAUCCUCAUCGCCAUGGCACAGGAUGGAGAGGGGUUUUGAGGAUGUAGUAUCCUUAAGAAUAGUCGUAUUACGCCUGGAACGUCGUAAAACCAUGGUUUCUCUGGCUUCAUUGCUCACAUAUUUACUGUAUAUAGGCAUAUACCGGUAUAAAUAUAUAAAUGUAUAUAAGUAACGUUUUGUAACUUUCCAUAGCUACAUACUAAUGUUUACAAAUAGCUUUAGUGUUGUUUAUUUGUCUUCCCAGUAUUCUUGGAGUUUAAGCCCUUAGCUCAGAAUGCACCCAGACUUGUCGCCUCACCUGCACACAGAUGAGUGUAAUGAGCUGAUAACGCUGUUGAAACAGUGCCACAAGGAGCACAACGUCUUGAAGUUCUUUGGCACGUGUAACGACAUGGACCGUGCCAUGCGUGACUGUCUCAAGACAGAGCGUCUGGCCAGAAGGGAGCGCAGCCAGCAGCAUGCCAAGGACAUGCAGAAGAGGUUGAAGGAAGGGCCAAAGGAGCCGUUCUGAGGGGCAGGCGGAGCCACAGUCAUGCCCAGGAUGGUGGCCCAGGCCUGGGUACACGCCUGGAGGAGUCCCUGGGGCUGUCUGGAGAAACCCAUAGCAUCCUGGUGCUUGUCUGGAUCCCUGGAGACACAUAAGACUCAAUCCGUCGGUCAUCUUUAUUUAUAUGUGCGCAUUUUAAAAACAAGUGUCAACCGAAGUGCGGUACAUUUGAAACAAAGCAGAAAUUAGAACAUAGCUGACAGGGAACUGUUUUAAAUUGUGCGUUGAUUCACGAACACUGGAUUCCUUUUGAAUAAAGUGUGACGGGUAACAAAGGAAGGUU